AUGGACGAGGAAGAGUUCUACCUGUUCAAGAACCAGUCGUCGGUGGGGCCCUGGGAUGGGCCCCAGUACCACAUCGCGCCCAUGUGGGCCUUCUACCUGCAGACCAUCUUCAUGGGCCUGGUGUUCGUGGCGGGCACCCCCCUGAACGCCAUCGUCCUCAUCGUCACCAUCAAGUACAAGAAGCUGCGGCAGCCGCUCAACUACAUCCUGGUGAACAUCUCCGUCAGCGGCCUCAUGUGCUGCGUCUUCUGCAUCUUCACCGUCUUCGUGGCCAGCUCCCAGGGAUACUUUGUCUUCGGGAAGCACAUGUGUGCCUUUGAGGGCUUUGCGGGGGCCACCGGAGGGCUGGUGACAGGGUGGUCCUUGGCCUUCCUGGCCUUCGAGCGCUACAUCGUCAUCUGCAAACCCUUCGGCAACUUCCGCUUCAACUCCCGCCACGCGCUGCUGGUGGUGGCGGCCACCUGGAUCAUCGGCGUCGGCGUCGCCAUCCCGCCCUUCUUCGGCUGGAGCAGGUACAUCCCCGAGGGGCUGCAGUGCUCCUGCGGCCCUGACUGGUACACGGUGGGCACCAAGUACAAGAGCGAGUACUACACCUGGUUCCUCUUCAUCUUCUGCUUCAUCGUCCCCCUCUCCCUCAUCAUCUUCUCCUACUCCCAGCUGCUCAGCGCCCUGCGGGCCGUGGCGGCGCAGCAGCAGGAGUCAGCCACGACGCAGAAGGCGGAGCGGGAGGUGUCGCGCAUGGUGGUGGUCAUGGUGGGCUCCUUCUGCAUGUGCUACGUGCCCUACGCGGCGCUGGCCAUGUACAUGGUGAACAACCGCGAGCACGGCAUCGACCUGCGCCUCGUCACCAUCCCUGCCUUCUUCUCCAAGAGCUCCUGCGUCUACAACCCCAUCAUCUACUGCUUCAUGAACAAACAGUUCCGCGCCUGCAUCAUGGAGACGGUGUGCGGGCGGCCCAUGUCAGACGACUCCGAGGUGUCCAGCUCGGCCCAGCGCACCGAGGUCUCCUCGGUGUCCUCCAGCCAGGUCGGCCCCAGCUGAGGGGCUCCGGCACCGCCCCAGCCCCGGGACCCCCGGCUGCCCCCCAGCUAUCCCCCAGCCGCCCCUGCCGUGGGGCUGGCUCUGCCCUGGGGGCCGGGGGCCCCGGCCAGCCUAGGAUGUAGCGCGGGUGGGACAAUAAACCACGGCCGCGG